GUGGGCUAACGCCAGGUAGGAGACUAGAAAGACAGUCUGGGUGAGUGUGUGAGAGAGUCGGUUUACAUAGUCAGUGCAAAUACAGAAGAGUGGAGUAGAGCGGAGCUCAGUGGGAGUGUGUGCGUGUGCGAGACAGUUAACUACUCCAGACAAUGAACAUGAACCUGAAGCACCGGAAGUUAUCCCUCGACAGCUCAGUGUCCCUGGAGAAUGGUGGUGGAGGAGGUAGUCUGGGCCAUAGGAGAGGCAGCCGCAGUAAGAAGAGCGGAGAGAAGACAAAGCGUCUAGAGGAGGCCCAGAUGGAGAUCCAGGAGCGGGGACACAGCCUGAACAGGAGCAACUCUCUCAGGUCACAGACCAUAGAGGAGGACAGCUUCCACCGGCCUGAUGGCGCCAUCGCCAAAAAUAGUUUUGUGAAAUACAACAAAACCUUCCACAAACUCUUCCGAGACAUUCCAACAGAGGAGAAAGUAACUCAUGCGUUCACCUGUGCCCUGCAGAAGGAGGUGUUGUAUCAUGGGAAGCUAUUCGUGUCUGUCAACUACGUGUGUUUUUACUCCUCCGUACUCCUCAAAGACACCAAGGUUGUGGUCCAGGUGUCCAGCGUAAAGGAAGUUAAGAAGCAGAACUCAGCCCUGUCUAUGCUCUCCAUCCGCACUACUGAUGGAAACAAGUAUUCGUUUGUGUCUUUGCGGAACCGGAGAGUGUGUUACGAAAUCCUGCAGUCUGUGUGUACACAAGCACAGCUGCUGGGGGAGCAGGGGGAGAGUGGUAACAGCAGUCCCCACUUCUCAGGAGAGAACGGCGUUGACGGCGUGGAUCAGGACAUAGACACAAUCUCCAGCCAUUCCAGCCGGGAGAACAGUGUGGAGCGGAGCCUUCCUAUAGAGGUCGUCUACCCUGACCUGCCCAGCAGAGCUGACUCGUGGGUUUGGAUCGUCACUGAAAGGGUUAUAACCCUCCUCCUUAUCAGAGAGCUGCGCAACCUCAAUGUCCUCCUAUCCAUCUAUCUGUUUCUGGUGGUGUUGCUACUACUGUCGUCGGGGUACAUCGGUUUGCGGAUCGUAGCUCUGGAGGAGCAGCUUAGUUCUCUAGGAGCCCUGCCUGAGUUCUCCAUACACCUCAGAGAGGACCAGGAAACAGCCUGAAGAGACCUACAGCCAGGGCCGUUUGGAUAUUCUGGGAAAUACCAGAUGGGCUGGACCAUUUGUUUAGUUGGGUGACACACACGUUUAUUUUUAUAAAUAAAAAUAAAACAUUGAAAAAGGUGAUAUGGCCGGCGGCCCAUGGGCCUGGUAAUAGAGAGAUAGAUUGAUAUCUCUUAUUUUACUAUUUCUCUGUUAUACUAAUCUACCCUGAGUGGACAGAACAUUAAGAACACCUGCUCUUUCCAUGACAGACUGACCAAGUGAAAGCUGUGAUCCCUUAUUGA